AUGGAUAAAAUCGAUCAAGAAGAAUUCGAAAAUUAUUGCGAAUUAGUGUAUAAAAAUGAAUGCUGGUUAGUUUAAGCUAAAAUAAUCAAAUAUCUCGGAAUAAAUCGAUUUUUCAGGGGAAUGUUCGGAUUAGAUGACAAUACAUUCAAAUGCAUCAAAAUUGGAUUUGAUAAUAAAAUAUUUGAUGCUUGCUCAGAUGAUUCGUUAUUAUUUAUUAUAAUCAAAGAAACAACAAAUGAUAAAGAAAAUCUGUUAAUGAUAAUUUGGGUAAGUAUCAAGAAAUAUAGUUAUAUAUAGAUUCAAAAACAAUAUUUAGUUAGGAACAUCGCUUGGAUUCGAAAAUCAGUCAAUGUUUUGUCGAUCUUGUCAAUUAAUUGCACUUCAUUACAAUAUUAGAAGUGAAAUUCAUCAAAAUCUCUCAUCAUUUUCCAAUUCCAUGCAGACACUCAACUCGACAUUAAUGAGCGAAGGCCCUCAAUCAGUAAGUUUUAUAUUCAUAUGAAUUUAACUAAAUUCUCGGUAGUUUGUAGUUUUGAUUGCAACUUUUAUCAAAAUUCUGUAUUUUUCAACGAAAAAUAAUUUAAUUCAGUGAUGCACAUAAUCAUCAUUAAUUUUUCAGAUGCAAGAAAACAUUGAGCCAUCAGAAAGAGGAAGCCGGAGCUCAAGUGUCUCAACAAUCUGUGAAGGAAUGGAAAUUUUGGAUCAGCAAGAUUUGGGCGUGGAAGUAAUUGAAUUAAUCGAAAUAAUUGAUGAAUUGGAUAUCACUCAAAAUUCGACAAUCGAUGAACGAAUUGGACAAUUGCAACAUGAGGAUAAUUAUCUCCAGAUGCUCUUAUCUAAUAAUCAAUCAUUGCAAGAAGCAUUUCAAGAAUUGAAAACCGAUGUGCCAACAAAUACCAUCGAAAAACUAUUGUCGAAAAAAACCGUUACAGUUGAAGAAAAGGUUAGUUAAUAAAAUGGGUCACUAGAAUCGGGGUGAGAUGCUUAACUUUUUGAAAAAUCUGAAGGGAAUGGUGCCUAACUUGGCCACUGUUCUGUUGAUAAUUCACCAAAAUUCCCCUAAUUUUUCAAAAAUAGUUUCAAAAUUUCAGCUCAAACUAAUCUAGCAACUGAAAAAAUCGAAUGAUGAGCUUAACUCGAUCAAAAACAACGCAUAUGGUCAAUUGAAGAAAUUGCGAUUGAUAUUGAGCGACAAGUUAUACGAUGUAAGUUCUUUGCUUCAUUCCACUAUUUCGAUAUAUUUUCCAUUUACUUUUCAGAACUUGAGACCACUGUGGUUGAUCGAAGAGGAUACCGGUCUGAAGGAUGAUAUCAUCGCGAUUUCCAAAGAUAACUUGAUAAGUGUCGACCUUCUGCGAGCAAACGGCGGAAUAUUCGACAAAAAUGGAAAAGAUGAAGUUUUAAAAUAUUUGAAAAGAUUGGAUGGUAAUAGAAAGAGUGCUGAUAUCUGUAAGGUGAUUUGAUGAAGCAUCAUUUAAUUUUUUCAUCUUGAUAAUAUUUCAGGAGAUUCAAAAGAAGAAAAAAGAUAAGUGA